GCACUGCAGCUACAUAAAUUUGUCCAACGCGACGGCGCCGGGCGUCCCCCCCUCCUCUGCUUCGUCGCAGCUUCGCAAUCCUCAAUUAAAAACCACCAACUCCCCCAGACCACUUCCCGAUUUAAGCCGCCCUCCGACGAGCGGCCAUCGGAGAAGGAGCCCGGGAAGCGGUCAAGCGGAGACGGAGACGGAGACGGACGGGUAUUGAUCGGCUGGUCGCAUGGCGGAGGCUCGCAAGUUCCUGAUGCCCAACCAACCUCCAGAUAUUUCGCAGAUGCUGUUGGACGCUAGAAGUCGAUGGCUUCGACCUACCGAAAUCUGCGGAAUACUCUCAAACUACAAGUUGUUCUCCAUUGCGCCAGAGCCACCAAACAUGCCUCUAAGUGGUUCUCUUUUCCUCUUUGAUCGCAAAAUAUUGAGAUACUUCAGAAAGGAUGGACACAACUGGAGGAAGAAAAAGGAUGGGAAGACUAUUAAAGAAGCUCACGAGAAACUAAAAGCUGGCAGCAUUGAUGUACUACACUGCUACUAUGCCCAUGGGGAGGAAAAUGAGAACUUCCAAAGAAGAACCUACUGGCUGUUGGAAGAGGAUUUCACACACAUUGUUCUUGUACACUACCUUGAAAUCCAGGGCGGCAAGCAAAGUUACAAUCGUGUGAAAGAUGAGACAAUGCAGGGGUUAAAUGCUGAUAGUCCCUCGUGUUCAAAUUCUAUCACUAGUCAGAACCAGGUGGCUGCUGAAAGCCCAAUAAGUGGACAGAUGUCUGAGUAUGAAGAUGCUGAAUCAGCAGAUAAUUUCCGAGCAAGCUCCAGAUACUACCCUCUCACUGAGGUGCAGCAACCUUUGGAUGGAGUCAUGAUGGAUAAGAUGUUAUACUCUUCUGCUUCAACUAUUGGUAGUAGUCAAGGUCAUCAUCGUGAACUGCUGCCAAGAACAGCUAAUUUAGAUAAUCAUUCAUUUGCUCGCUAUGACAUAGAUAGAUUGUUUGAUGAUGACAGCACUGGAGUAAGAGGCAUUUCCAGAACUCUGUUUGAUACAGUGCCAUUUGAGGAACCCUUCGGUAAUUAUCCAGCUGGGUUCACUGAGCCAACACUUCAUUCUUCAUUUGCCACCAUAGAGGCUAACAGUCUGGAGGAUAACUCUUGCCUGGAGACAUUUAUAUCUGAGGCUCUGUACACUAAUAACCUCAGCCAGAAGGAAGCUGAUGCAUUGAGCUUUGCAGGCAUGGCAUCAUCUGAGAUGAAUAACAAUAGAUAUACAGAAGGAAGCAUCAAACAUCCACUCUUGAGGCAGUCAUCAUUAGACCUAUUUAAGCUUGAGUGUACUGGUUUGAAGAAACAUGAUAGCUUUUCAAGAUGGAUGAGUAAAGAACUUCCAGAGGUGGUUGAUUUGGACAUCAAAUCCAACUCUGAUGCUUUCUGGAGUAGUAUUGAGACUGUGAAUGUGGCUGAUGGCUCUAGUAUGCCAACUAAUGAACAGCUAGAUGCUUAUGCAGUGAACCCUUCACUUUCUCAAGACCAACUAUUCAGCAUCCUUGACGUUUCACCAAGUUGUGCAUAUAUUGAUGAAAAAACAAAGGUUUCAGUUACUGGUACAUUCUUGGCAAAUAAGGAGCACAUGGAAGAUUGUAAGUGGUCGUGUAUGUUUGGGGAUGUUGAAGUACCAGCUGAGGUUUUAACGGACGGCACCCUACGCUGCUAUGCACCAGCACAUCAAUCUGGUAGAGUUCCCUUUUAUGUGACCUGCUCAAACAGGGUUGCUUGUAGUGAAGUGCGAGAAUUUGAGUAUAGAGAUUCUAACUACCAGUACAUGGAGACCUCUUACUCUCAAACCAAUGGUAUAAAUGAAAUGCACCUACAUAUUCGUCUUGAGAAGCUUCUUUCUUUGAGGCCAGAUGACCACCAGGUGCUUGUUUCAAGCAGUGGGAAUGAGAAACAUGAGCUAAUCAAUGCUAUUAAUUCCUUAAUGCUUGACGAGAAAUGGUCAGACCAGGGAUCACUAGCUGAUGGGAAAGAAGUCUUCACUGCAAGGGACCAAAGUUCAAAGAAAUUUGUGAAAGACAGGCUUCACUAUUGGCUCAUCUGUAAAGUAAACGAUGAUGGGAAGGGUCCAAAUGUACUGUGCAAGGAAGGACAGGGUGUAAUUCAUUUGGUAGCUGCACUGGGCUAUGAUUGGGCUAUAAGACCCAUAAUUGUUGCUGGUGUCAAUGUGAACUUUAGGGAUGCUCAUGGAUGGACUGCACUUCACUGGGCUGCAUCAUGUGGAAGAGAGAGGUCGGUUGGCAUUCUUAUGGCAAAUGGAGCUGCAUCAGGUGCAUUGACAGAUCCUUCUUCUGAAUUUCCUUCUGGAAGAACCCCAGCAGAUUUAGCCUCAGCAAAUGGACACAAGGGCAUUGCUGGUUUUCUUGCGGAAUCUGCUUUGACAAGCCAUCUGUCACAACUUACUAUAAGAGAAUCAAAGGAUAGCGGUGUGCAAGAAGUUUGUGGAUUACCAGUCGCUGAAGAUCUCACUGAAACUAAUUCUUCACAGCUUGCCUUAGAUGAUUCUCAUGCUGAAUCACUAAAAGGUUCAUUAAGCGCUGUUCGUAAAUCCACUCAAGCUGCAGCUAGGAUAUUUCAAGCCUUCAGGGUGGAGUCAUUCCACAGAAAGAAGGUUGUGGAAUACGGAGAUGACGAUUGUGGAUUAUCUGAUGAACACACACUUUCACUUGUUUCUCUUAAAAAUGUCAAACCUGGACAUCAUGAUACACAUUUACAUUCUGCUGCUGUUCGUAUCCAAAACAAGUUCCGAGGAUGGAAGGGAAAACGGGAGUUUAUGAUCAUUCGCCAGAGGAUUGUCAAGUUACAGGCUCAUGUGCGAGGACAUCAAGUGAGGAAAAGCUAUCGAAAAGUCAUCUGGUCAGUUGGCAUUGUCGAGAAAGUUAUACUGAGGUGGAGGAGAAAGAGACGUGGUUUGCGUGCAUUCCAAACUGAGAAGCAGCUCGAAGGUCCAUCGCAGAUCCAACCUGCCAAUGCAGAAGAUGAGUACGAUUUCUUGCAAGAUGGCAAAAGGCAGGCAGAAGCCAGACUGCAGAGAGCGCUUGCCCGUGUGCACUCCAUGGCUCAAUAUCCAGAAGCAAGGGAACAGUAUCAAAGGCUCACGACCUGUGUGGCUGAAAUGCAACAGUCUAGGGUGAUGCAGGAUGAGAUGCUAAGCGAGGCAGCUGGCGCCGAUGGGAGUGAUUUCAUGACCGGGCUGGAGGACUUGAUCUGCAGAGACGAUGCGCAGAUGCCCGCUAUUUGGUGAUAUUUUGAAGUCAAACAUUAGGUCAGAUUGCUGGCUGCGUAGCUUGUAGUUCGUCGAGCCACUAUAGUUUUGUAAAUUAUUUUCCGCUGGUGGUUCGCCGCUCACUGUUUAACCCAGUUAUUAACUUAUUCUACUGCUUUGCUGUAACUCAGUGCACUGGUUUUACUAGUAGAAGUACUUUCAGCGCUCUUUCCAGAAGGGUUGGUUUGGAUGCUCUUCGAAUGGAA